AACCAAUAAAGAGAAUAACAAUAGUACUUCAUUCACAAUGUUCAUGCCUCAGCAACCCACCCUCACUCCUGAAGAAAAGGCCUUCCUUAGACAGCGUACUAUCGGUACAGUCUCCAACUUCUUCCUUGUAGUACUUGCUCUCCGUGCUGCUCCAUUUGCUCUUGAACAGGCUCAAAAGUUCUUUUAA